UUUGGCAGCGCUUGGCUGGUGGCGUAAGGCCCGUCGUCCUGGUUCCCGGCCGGUUGCCUGGGGGUGUCCGGCCUCGGCGCUGGCCCUGCGGCCAUUUUAGCUCAGGUUUGUCCCCGAGCCUGCCUGCCUGGCCGCCCAGUCCUUCCCGGGCGUGCUGUGAGGGGCUUGUUAACGGUCCGUCUCUUGUGGAAAGUGGCGCGGCCGCCGCUGGAGGCCUCUGUAUGGUGGAGAGGCCUCGAGCCGAUUAGGACCGCUACUUCCCGCCGGCAUGGGUGUUGUCGCCGCCGCUGUAUCCAGCGCCGGCCAUUCCGGACUGGGGCCUGCCGCCUGUGGCCGAAGCCGCUGCCCUCUGUGGCUCUUCUGCUGGCCCGGGGACCGGCCUGGGGCGCCGACAACGCCGCGAGGCGAGGCCGGGACCGUCUAGGCCUCUCCGGAUCCUGUCCGAGCUCCUGCCUCCUGGUCCGCGUACCUCGCUGAGACACUGUCAAGAGCCGGGCGAUGGAACCGGGAACGGACGGGCCACGAGGAGGGCUGGCGCCUCGGACGGGCCCCCUGUUCCGGCUGCCCUUCUUUCGUCGGCGCUCGCCACCAAGCACUGUCAGGUUCCCCACACCUCUUGUCGCGGAGCAUCCCGGGGACCCUAAAACGGCUUCCUCUCCCCGGCCUGACGCUCGGACCAGCUACUGGAUGAAGCUCCUUUCCCAGCUCUUCGCGCCUCUCCCCAUCCUGCUUCAGAAGCUGCUGAUUUGGAGCCAGCUUUUCAGUGGGAUGAUUCCGACCAGAUGGAUAGAUUACACUGGAGGCUACAGCGCCCUGAGAUCCCUGAGAGCUCGGGAGGACCCGGCUGGUCCCGCGUCGCAGAAAUCUCUGAGUGCGCUGCGGCUGGACCCCUCGGCCGACUCGACUGCCAGUCUCCUGGACUGGCCACAGGAGGAGAUCCACUGGCAGCGCUCGUCCCCCGAUCUAGAAUUGGAACUGAAAGCCCAGGGAAGAGCCAUGAACCCUGCGGCCCACGCAUUUCUCCUCGAGCAGCAGCUGUGGGGAGUGGAGCUGUUGCCGAAUACCCUUCAAACCCGGCUGCUCUCUGACCGGGAACUUGGCCCUUCACCCUCCGGGCCUCGAAACUUGCAGCGCUUACGCAAUUUCAACGCCGUCUCUUAUUUGCUGAACCCCUCUUAUCUGGACUGCCUGCCGCUGGUAGAGCUCAGCUAUCAGAACGGCAUCGGAAGUGGCAAGCUAGUUGACUUCCAGACUGUAAGCUCAGAGAGCAGCUGUCUGCCUGAGGAUCAUUCUCAUCCCCAGCCACUGAAUGCUGAGGUCACUCGCGCCUCGUGGCAGGGAUGUCCACCUCUUUCUAGAGAAGGUCUGCCAGAAAUCCAUCAUGUUUGUAUGAAACGACUGGAAUUCCUUCACCAGGCUAGCAAGGGGCAAGCGUUACCUACCUCCGACCAAGAUUAUGGCUACCACAGCCUGGAGGAGGAACACAGCCUUCUCCGGAUGGACCCGAAGCCCUGCAGAGAUAGUCCGACACAGUUUGUUACCCCUGCUGGAGCCAUUCCUGGAACCGCCCAGGAACCCACGGAGGGAAAAAUAGAAUUGACUAAAGAGGUUCCUCUUGCUUUGGAAAAACAGGGCCCUUCAGAAAGCUGUGCAUCUUGUGAGGUACCUAUGGAAAGAGAGCCAGGGGAAGACCAAAUAACUGUAGUUGACUCCUCAGACAUAGACGAUGACCUUCCCAUUUCUGCCAGACCAGCGUGUGGUAACAGAUUGAUAGAUUACAUUUUGGGAGGUGUACCCAGUGACCAGGAAACAAAUUCUGAUUCAGAAGGUGUGGACUGGGAUGAGGAAGCUAAGGAUGAUGGUUUUGAUAGUGAAAGCUCACUCUCAGAAUCAGACAAACAAGACUCUGAAGGGCUUCACCUUUGGAACUCUUUCUACAGUGUAGAUCCUUAUAAUCCCCAAAACUUUACAGCAGCGAUUCAGACUGCUGCCAGAAUUGUUCCCGGGGACUCCUCUGACUCAGAGAAGGAUUUGCCUGACGAAUCUGAUCUAGAGAAUUCUUUCCAUACUGACCUUUCUGAGUCUCCUGACCAUAAUUCUGGGGAGGAUGAUGACUGGGAAUCUAGUGCAGAUGUAGGAGAGAGUCUCAAGCUGUGGAACUCUUUUUGUAAUUCGGAUGAUUCCUACAACCUUUUAAAUUUUAAAGCGUUUCAAACAUCAGGGAAAAAUUGGAAAGGCUGUCAUGACUCAGAGAGGCCAUCUGAAUCCACUGUGGCCCUUUCUGAGUGUCACACCUUACUGUCCUGUAAGGUGCAACUGUUAGGGAGCCAAGACAGUGAAUUUCCAGACUUGUUACAGGGUGGGGUUCUUUCUGGAGAAAGACACACACAUAUCAAGAGAAAAAAAGUAAUCUUCUUUGAAGAAGUUACUGAGUAUUAUAUAAGUGGUGAUGAGGAUUGCAAAGGACCAUGGGCAGAAUUUGCACGGGAUGGAUGCAGGUUCCAGAAACCAAUUCAAGAAACAGAAGAUGCUAUGGGAUAUUGCUUCACAUUUGAACACACAGAAAGAAUGUUUCAUAGACUCCAGGAAACAUGCUUCAAAGGACUUGAUGUUUUCGAGCCAUGUUCAGAUGAUUUGAUAGCCUCUGUCCCUAACAUACACUAA